AAAAAAAAUUUUUUUUAAGAAAAGCCAGGGCCACCUAAGGGAACCCCCUCCCCCCCCCCCCCCGCCACCCAUACAGGGCCAGAAUCCCAAGGGCUCUUAACCUGCACCUGUCCCUGUCACUAGCCAGAGCGCCCUCCUCCCACACCCACUCUUCAGCAAAGUCCCAGCAGGUUCGAGGUUGUUAAGACCAGAAAUCACACCCAUUUCUGCCCCUCCAGGGUCGUGGGGUGAGCACGGAUAUUCUGUGUGGGGAGGGCGGGGAAUUCCAGCCGCCUCCUCCCAAGGAGGCCCUGGUUCAGAGCCUGCCCCAAGAAGAUGAGGACGCGCUCUGGGGGUGGGUGGGGCGGGGACUAGACUCUAGAGCCAAGGCCCGAGGCCCCAGCAGUGACGCAGAGAAUGUGCCCUGUGUACUCUGAGCCUCCGUCCGCAGGACAGACUCAGGCAGACGGGACCACUGCCUGAAGGAACAGCCCAGAGGUUGUCUGCAUCCUGUGAAGGGAGGGGUGCAGAGGAGGGGCUGGAGGGGACUGUCCCACAGAGGCCAGGAGGUCAGCUGGAAGGAGAGCAGGAUGGAGGACAGAAGGAACGUGUGGGGUCGGGGUAGCCGGGUCAGGAAGCCCGGAGGAGAAGACAACAGUGGGCAUGGUUGAGGCCACGUGAGGCCUUGUCUCCUCUUCUGGUGCUGGGGGGGCCCCUGGUAGAGACCACAAGCUUCCCCAGCUUGAGUGGCUCAUGGUGGGGGGGAGGGGAGCACUGCUCACCCGGUGCAAAACAGAGCGCCCUUAGUUCUGACCCUCACCACCCCUUCUGGCGCUUGGCCAUCUGGGUGCUCUCCAAGCACGGAGCUGAGCGAGGGUGCAGGCGAAGGGUCGAGGACCUUGGCGAUGAAGGAGCUUGCCCCCCAGGACACCUUUGCAGGGUACCGGGUGGCUAGUUUGCGCUGCAGAGCUUCCUUCCCUUCCCUAGGGGCAGACUGCCUUCCCUGAUGGUAAAACCCCCAGCUGGGGCUCCCACAAACAAGGUCGUGAGGCCCCUGCAGGUCGUGGGCCAGGCCGGUGCCUCCUGUUCCAGCGGGGCAGAGGUCCUCCUCGAGUUGGAUCGAUUGGUCGUCAGCCCAUUAGCGGGGGUGGCCAGGCUGCCUCAUCAAUAUUUUAAGGCAUGACCUGGCCGUGGGGUCCGGAACUGCGUGUGGCAGGGGCUGAUGACUGGCCUUUUUUCUAUUCCAAUUGUGAGUGCUAUUUUUACUACCGGAAGGCCAGCCGCCCCCUCUCCCAGGCGGCUAACCGGGUGGGGGUAGGGUCUCCCAUCUGGGUUCCUGGCCGCAGGGUUAGGAGAGUCCGUGGCUUGGAAAAGUGACAGGCAGGGACUUGAUUAGGCUUCCUCCCUUGAAGCCCCCUCCCUUCCCGCUCUGGCCCUGGUGAAAUGAGAAUGAAAACCAGGAGCCAGACAGGCUGGUUGAGCCUCGGAAACCCCCCGGGUGAUGGAUCAGGGGAGGGUGGUCUACCUGGGUGGGUACCCUUUGUCUCCAGCCCCAGUCCUCAGAGAAGAAGCAACCCCUGCCCGUCCCUGGUCCCAGGGGGGUGACAGUGAGGCCCCAGUCUUCAGUGUCCAAGGGCCGUAACAGUCCCAGGCCUUAGAGGCCACCGCUCCAGCAGCCCAUUUUCCUGGUGGGGAAGCCUGAGGAGACACAGAGCCUGGCCUGAGACAGAGCCCAGUCCUCCAGUGCCCUCCCGCACCGACUCAGCAGGUCUCUUCUGGCUGUAUGGGGCCACAGGAGGAACUGGGACUCUGCCCAUGGAAACAAGAGGGCCAAGGACCACAGGGACUAUGGGAGCUCGGGGAGGGAGGGCCAGUGUAGGGAGAAGGCUUCCUGGAAGAAGAGGUUUUACACAGUCUAAACGCCAAGUAGAAUUUGAGUAGUCAGUAGAGUGAGGACAGCUGUUCAGGCAGGAGACUGGCACAGGCCGGGACCAGGGGGCCACUGGAGGAGGGAGAGCCCAGGGCCAUCUGGAUUCAUCCAUAAACCUUCCAGGCGAGCCAGACAGUGGGGGCCAGGGUGAGUUCAUCCACCCUGCUUCCAGGAUCGCUGGGCUCAGCUUUUCCCACGUUGGGGUCUGGUCACCUGCAGAAUGGGAGAGGGCCCCAUCUCAUUCAUCGGGUGACACUGGCUGGUCCCUGGAGAGGGCUGGAAAGGCCUCCUGACUGCACCCGAAGUUAGGGAGGACCCCGGCUCUGCCCGUGGCCGCCCAUGGAUUAUAACAUUGCAGAGUCCGCCUCCUGUGCUGUCCUUCCAGGAAGGGAACACCCCUUACCCCCAUUUUAAAGUGAAAAAACAGGCUCAGAGGUGGGAGUUGUGGUCAUCGUCACUCACCCAGAGAGCAGUGGGGUCAGGCUUUGAGCCUAGGUCGGCCAAGAUCCCUGCACUUGGUCUCAUCCCCCGUUUUGGCUCCGAGGGCAGUUCGGUUGGGGACAGUACCUCACUGCUCCUGCCAAGGCUGAGGCCUCUUCUGUAUGGCUUGCAGCCUUCUCUUUGCAGACAGCCACGUCUGGGCCUCUGUCUCCCUGUCUGUAGCUAGUGUGGGGGCUCCCUGCUGGCCCUGCUGUUUGUCACUUACCUCUCCAUGCCCAACCCCUGUCCUUUCUAUGUAGACCUGGCUAGACCCGGGGGACACUGAGGCCCAUAGGCUCCUGGCCAGCGAGCAGGGGUGGGUAGGGAAGAUCAAGGCAGUCCAGUCUCUGCCUGGGACGUGGCCACAGCCACCAUACCCUUGCCAGAUUCUUCUCUUGAGGUCCACCCCUAUCUCCAGUGAGGGCUAGCUGGGACCCACGCUGUGAGAGCCUCCCCUCAGGGCCCCAUGCCUCCACUGUGUCCCCUUCAAGCAGCAGGAAGAACAGGGAGGACCAGGGAUUGAUGUGCAAAGAGGCGCACCGGGACUGAUUUCCUCCCUGCGCCCCGUUCCCCUGUGGGGCAAACGGGUGUUCACAUUCGGUGCUGGAUUCGGUGCUAGCCCUUCCCAGGCUGCUAUGUCAUCCACUCUGACCGCCCUGAUGGUGCAGGGGGAGAAGUAGGGAGCACUCCCACCUGUGGGGAGCACGACCGCACGGGGUAAGUGGAUGGGCUUGGAACAACAGGAACAGAGCCUCACCGGCUUAGCUGCCGGGCUUUCUCCCCACUCCCACCCCCAAAAACGUACCCCCUCGGCAGGUCAGGCCAAGGCCUUGUCUCUCCACCUUCCCUGGAGGCCUUGCUGGUAGUGGCAGGUGUGUUCCCACCUCCGCCCUCAUUCCUGGCAUUAUGACUCAGGCCUGUCUCCUGCCCCCAAGGAGUGUCUAUGCUGGAUGGGGGGGGGGGGGGGCGGGGGGGCAGACGUGGAAACAGACACCUGGAGCACCCUGUCAUUGGCACCUUUCCCGAGGGGCAUACCGGAGGGGACUGUGGGAGCUUGGAGGAGAUCCUCAUGCCACAUGGGUGGGGGAGGUCAGGGAAGGCUUCCUGGAGGAAGUGCCCCUGGAUUAAUUAUGGGUGCCUCAGCCCCCGUUCUCCCCCAGCCCCUUCCCCUAUGUCCUGAAAGUCAGCCUCCGAGUUAUUGUUCUUGCCUGCAGUGAGGUCACUCUUUGUUCUCCUCCCUCUUCACUGCCAUAAAGGCCAUCGCAGACCCCACCUCCUCCGGGAAACCCUCCUAACUCCUCGCUACCCUCUUCCGCAGUGCGGGGGCAGGAGUCGCUGAGCAGACCGCUGGUUUGGAAAACUGUCCUCUGUGCUAAGUGCCUCAUCAAGUGGCCCGUUUCCUCCCUGGGGCUGCCCUGUGGUUAUUGACUGCAGAUCGAUGGCCGAGGUUGCCCCAAGAGUUUGGAUCCCAGAGGAGAGAUGAGAUGAUGCUCCCAGGAGCUGUGAGGGAAACGCCAUGCUGGGUAACGUGGGAUCCUGGGAAGACAGCCGCAGGGGGCUGCGAUGGGACGGGAGCCAUGAAUGGUGCCGCCUCCGGCCCCGCCGCCGCCGCCACCCCCGCCCCAGUCCCCGACUGGCGGCAGUUCUGUGAGCUGCACGCGCAGGCGGCCGCCGUGGACUUCGCGCACAAGUUCUGCCGCUUCCUGCGGGACAACCCGGCCUACGACACGCCCGACGCCGGCGCCUCCUUCUCGCGCCACUUCGCCGCCAACUUUCUGGACGUCUUCGGCGAAGAGGUGCGCCGCGUGCUGGUGGCCGGGCCGGCGCCUCGGGGGGUGGCCGAGCACCCCGAGGCCAUGGAGCCCGAGCCGGCGGGGCCCGCGGCGCUCAAGGCGGCGGCGUAUGGCCACUCGCGGAGCUCCGAGGACGUGUCGACCCAGGCGGCCGCCAAGGCCCGCGUCCGCAAGGGCUUCUCGCUGCGCAACAUGAGCCUGUGCGUCGUGGACGGCGUGCGCGACAUGUGGCACCGGCGCGCCUCCCCGGAGCCCGACGCUAGCGCCGCCCCGCGCGCCGCCGAGCCCCCAGCCGAGCCGCGAGACAAGUGGACACGGCGCCUGAGGCUGUCGCGGACGCUGGCGGCCAAGGUGGAGCUGGUGGACAUCCAGCGCGAGGGCGCGCUGCGCUUCAUGGUGGCCGACGACGCGGCCGCGGGCCCGGGCGGCACGGCCCAGUGGCAGAAGUGCCGCCUGCUCCUGCGCAGGGCCGUGGCCGGCGAGCGCUUCCGCCUGGAGUUCUUCGUGCCGCCCAAGGCCUCCAGGCCCAAGGUCAGCAUCCCUCUCUCGGCCAUCAUUGAGGUCCGCACGACCAUGCCCCUGGAGAUGCCAGAGAAGGACAACACGUUUGUGCUCAAGGUAGAGAAUGGAGCCGAAUAUAUCCUGGAGACCAUCGACUCACUGCAGAAGCACUCGUGGGUGGCUGACAUCCAGGGCUGUGUGGACCCCGGGGACAGCGAGGAAGACGCCGAGCUGUCCUGUGCCCGGGGAGGCUGUCUGGCCAGCCGAGUAGCCUCCUGCAGCUGUGAGCUUCUGACUGACGCAGGGGACCUGCCCCGGCCCCCAGAGACAACGGCAGCCGUGGUGACAGCUCCACACAGCCGAGCUCGAGAUGGCGUUGGGGAGUCCCUGGUCCACGUCCCGCUGGAGACCUUCCUGGAGACCCUGGAAUCCCCGGGUGGCAGAGGCAGGGACAGCAGUAACACAGGGGAGGAGGGAGCGGAGGCAGAGCCUGAGGCCGAGACUGAGCUGGAACUCUCCGACUACCCCUGGUUCCACGGCACGUUGUCACGGGUCAGGGCGGCUCAGCUGGUGCUAGCGGGAGGACCCCGGAGCCACGGCCUCUUCGUGAUCCGCCAGAGCGAGACUCGGCCUGGGGAGUACGUGCUGACCUUCAACUUCCAGGGCAAGGCCAAGCACCUGCGCCUGUCCUUGAACAGCCACGGGCAGUGCCACGUGCAGCACCUGUGGUUCCAGUCUGUGCUUGACAUGCUGCGCCACUUCCACACCCACCCGAUCCCACUGGAGUCAGGGGGCUCUGCAGAUAUCACCCUACGCAGCUACGUGCGGGCCCAGGGCCCCCCACCCGCCCCGGGGCCCUCGCCCAGCGCCGCGCCCGCGCCCCCCGCCUGCUGGAGCGAGCCGGCCGGCCAGCACUACUUCUCCAGCCUGGCCGCCGCCGCCUGCCCGCCCGCCUCGCCCUCGGAGGCGGGCGGCGCCUCGUCCUCGUCCGCCUCGUCGUCCUCGGCCGCGUCGGCGCCGGCCGCCCCGCGCCCCGCCGAGGGCCCGCUGAGCGCGCGCAGCCGCAGCAACAGCGCCGAGCGCCUCCUGGAGGCGGCGGGGGGCGGCGCGGACGAGCCCCCGGAGGCCGCGCCCGGCGAGGGAGCGCGGGGCCGCACGCGCGCCGUCGAGAACCAGUACUCCUUCUACUAGCCCGGCACGGCGGCGCCAAGGCCCUGGGGCCCCCCCGGACGCGCCGUGCGGCCGCCCCCGUACCCGUCCAUCCCUCCGUCCAGCGGACCCGGCCGGCCCCAGCCCGGCGCUGGGUGGGAAAAGCGAAGCUCUUCAGUGAAGACAUAAAUGUUAUUAAAGAGCCUGUUUUAGGGACUGCA